AUGGGGAUUGAGCGUGAUGUAAAACGUGUUUUUGUUGGUGUUGCCUACAGGGUGGUGCAGUUAUUUGCAUGCUUAGAUAAGAUAAGCUACAUUCAGUGGGCCUUGGAUUCUGAAUACAUACUAUGUGGUCUAUAUAAAAAACCGACUAUACAAGUAUGGUCAAUAACUCAACCUGAAUGGACCUGUAAAAUAGAUGAAGGUCCAGCUGGUAUUGCUUAUGCUAGGUGGAGUCCUGAUAGUCGUCACAUACUCACUACGUCAGACUUCCAAUUAAGAUUGACAGUUUGGUCAUUACUGAACACUGCUUGUGUACACGUAAGAUGGCCAAAGCAUCCUUUCAAGGGGGUUUCAUUCACCCGAGAUGGCAAGUUUGCUGCAGUAUGCACAAGACGUGAUUGCAAGGACUACAUUAAUCUGUUGUCUUGCGAUUCUUGGGAGAUAAUGGGUGUUUUUGCUGUUGACACAUUGGAUUUGGCUGAUGUAGAGUGGUCACCUGAUGAUAGUUCUAUCAUUGUAUGGGAUUCACUUCUUGAAUACAAGGUCCUGAUUUACACCCCUGGUGGACGGUGUUUAUUGAAGUAUCAGGCAUAUGAAAGUGGUUUGGGUGUCAAGAGUGUUUCAUGGUCUCCGUGUGGUCAAUUUCUUGCCAUUGGAAGUUAUGAUCAGAUGUUGCGUGUUGUUAAUCGUCUAACAUGGAAAACUUUUGCUGAAUUCUUGCACUUACCUAAUGUUCGUGGUUCCUCUUGUGCAAUUGUCUUUAAGGAGGAAGACGAGCAGCCCCAGCUUGAUAUCACUGGGUUGCGUUUGAGUGGUGAUCCUUAUGAAAACAAUUUAGGUAAGGGUCCAAAGGAAGGAUGGUAUGAUGGAGAAAGCAUUGUUUUUGCGCUACUGCUUGUCAUAUUUGUUACUGGUACGAUUACUUUUUUGGCUGCUGUUGAGGCCGUUUUGGUGUUGGUUGUAGCCUACUCAGCUUCUACAAUUGCUGCUGCAGGAGUGUUGGGUGUGGGUUGUACUCCUGAUCUGCAGUCUGUUCUACAGGGAGUGGGCUGGGGUGUGUGCAGUCAGUGUUUGGUUGUUAAGGAGUUGUCUGUACUCCUUUAA